UUUUGGGGUGUAGUAUGUAGAAUUUUCCGUUGUCAAGACCACAUAACAACUCAGACUGAAUCCGCUGUACAAGGAAAGCACAACUCCUGGUUUUUGUGUUGACAUUACCACCAACCGUCGUUUCGCUACAACCUAAUUGAAAAAACACUCAUUCCCAUCCACCAACCAUCCUAAUCAGAUUCAUCUCUACCAAAACCAUGAAAAUUAUUAUUAGUAUGUAGAAAAGAAAAUCUCUGCGUCUGCGGUAUUUCUCCUUUCUCUUUCACCUACUCAGCCAGACAGAGAGAGACAAAGGAGACACUCCGAUUCAAACAAUUUCUUGAAUUCUUCUCAUUAUGCAAUUGAAACCCAUCAACACCUUUGCAAUAACACUCAUGUUAGGCUUUGUACUCAUCAUCCUCUUCCUAACAGGCUUUCUUCAACUCCCAUCUCCCACUUCCUCAAUCCCAUCACCCAAAGACUCGCUCUUUUUGACCCUCUCAAAAUCCGGUGCACCCCAACCCUUCAAAGACUUAUUCAAAGCAUUCACCAACUGGGAUUCCCAAGUGGGCUGUGCCCAGUUCAGGGAGAAACACGGAGAUUUGUUGGGAAAUGGGUCAAAGAUCUCAUCUUUGCAGAAUGCUGAUGGUGAAAUCCAGUGUGGUGACUUACAGAUGAACCACGUCAGUGUUCUGGUCAAAGGGUGGACUUGGAUUCCUGAUAAUAUGGAUAAUUUGUAUAGCUGUCGGUGUGGGUUGAGCUGUUUAUGGACUAAAUCUUCUGUUCUUGCUGAUAAGCCCGACGCCCUAUUGUUCGAAACCACCACUCCCCCAUUUCAGAGACGGGAUGGCGAUCCACUUCGUGUAUAUAUGGAUCUUGAAGCUGGUAGAAAGAGGUUGGGCUAUGAGGACAUUUUCAUCAGUUAUCAUGCUAAGGACGAUGUCCAGUCAACUUAUGCUGGAGCCCUCUUCCAUAACAACCGAAAUUACCAUAUAAGUUCCAUUAAAAACAAUGAUACUCUUGUUUAUUGGUCUUCAUCACGGUGCUUACCUCAAAGGAACCAACUCGCCAGAAAGCUACUGAGCUUGCUACCACAUCACUCCUUUGGCAAGUGCUUGAACAAUGUAGGAGGGCUCGACAGGGCACUCUCCCUAUACCCCGAGUGUGUGAAGGAUCCUAAUGAAGCACCUAAAUGGUGGGACCAUCUGCACUGUGCCAUGUCCCAUUAUAAGUUCGUCCUCGCAAUCGAAAACACUAUGACAGAGAGCUAUGUUACGGAGAAACUCUUUUACGCUCUAGAUUCUGGAGCAGUUCCCAUAUAUUUUGGCGCCCCAAACGUCUGGGAUUUUGUACCUCCCCACUCAAUAAUAGACGGAACACAAUUCAGUUCCAUGGAGCAACUGGCUUCUUACAUCAAGUCUUUGGCAAGUGAUCCUGUUGCUUACGCAGAGUAUCAUGCCUGGAGGAGAUGUGGUGUUUUAGGUAAUUAUGGGAAGACUCGUGCAGCUAGCCUAGACACGUUGCCUUGCCGGCUGUGUGAAGCUGUGAGCAGAAGAAACGGGAGAGAGGCAAAAACAUAGAAAACCAGCUCUUGUUGUUGGCAGUGCUAUAUGUUGAUUUUGUUAUUAAUUUUGUGUCCCAUUAAAUUGAAUGACAGUACAUAUAAGCACUGAGAGUGAGAUGUAGAAUCACUUCAACACUGAAAAAUCAAUCAUACAAAAAUUUUGCAUCA